GAGUCUGCUCCAGUUGAUGCCUGAGUCCCACACUUUUCUCUCCUGCUAUGAUUGUGCCUCUCCUUGUAGGUGUGCUGAUCGUCCCCCGUGUGGGGAGCCAUGCUCUGGACACCCCACAACUUCCACGGGAGCUGCCUCCAGGACUCUCAAAAAACAUCAAUAUCUCACUCUUCAAUGGGAUGCUGAAAAAUGUGGAAAAUGUAGCUGAAAUUUUUGACUGCCUGGGCUCCCACUUCACCUGGCUGCAGGCUGUCUUCACCAACUUCCCUGCGCUGCUCCAAUUUGUGAACGGUAUGAAGUGUCUGGCUGGUCUCUGCCCCCGGGACUUAGAAGACUAUGGCUGUGCCUGCAGGUUUGAGAUGGAAGGGCUGCCCGUGGAUGAGCCCGACAGCUGCUGCUUCCAGCACCGCAGGUGCUAUGAAGAGACUGCUGAGAUGGGCUGUCUGCAAGACCCUGCCAAGCUCAGCACAGAUGUCAACUGCGUCAGCAAGAAGAUCACGUGUGAGUCCAGGGAUGCUUGUGAGCACCUGCUGUGUACCUGUGACAAGGCUGCCAUAGAGUGCUUGGCUCGGUCCAGUAUCAACUCCUCCCUGAACCUGCUGGACACUUCCUUCUGCCUGGCUCAGACUCCAGAGACAACCAGCAGGAAAGAGCUGACGACGCUUCUGCCCAGAGUGGUUCCUGCGGAGCCCACAGACUCCAGCCUGACAGCUCUCUCAGGAGAAGAACCAGGCCAAGAUCAGGAAAGCGUGGAAGCUGCUAGGGCCACGCCCCCCGCAGAAUCUGCAGAGAUUGUAGCCACAGCUAAAGGUGUAACCCUCAUCCCUGCUGGCGUUAAAUCUUUGGAGUUGGCAGUGUCGUCCAUUGAAAGUGAUCCUGAGGAGUCAACUGGAAAAGCCUGUGACAGAUUCACCUUCCUGCACCUGGGGAGCGGGGACAACACACAGGUGAUGGUGCAGCUUGGAGAGAUGCUCUUUUGUCGGACGUCCCGGUGCCCGGAGGAAUUUGAAUCUUAUGGCUGCUACUGUGGGCAGGAAGGAAGAGGCGAGCCACGAGAUGCCCUGGACAGGUGCUGUUUUUCCCAUCACUGCUGCCUAGAGCAGUUGAGAAGGCUGGGCUGCCUGCUCAAGAGGCUUCCUCGAUCGCCAGUGGUGUGUGUGGAUCAUACACCCAAGUGUAUGGGGCAGAGCCUGUGCGAGAGGCUGCUGUGUGCCUGUGAUCAGACGGUGGCCGAGUGCAUGGCCUCGGCCUUCUUUAACCAAAGCCUCAAGUCACCAGGGCAACAGGAGUGCCAGGGCAAGCAGCUGUCGUGCGAGGACAGCGUGCGUGCAGGGCCCGCAGCCUCUCCCCUUGGCUCCAGCUCUGAGGAGAACAGCGAGGAGGCUCUGCCCCACUCAGGGGGCCUGAGAAGAGCCAGAAGAUUUCUGGGGAGGUCACUUGGUCCCUUGGGGACCAGGCUAAACAUGGAAGAAAGAUUCCCAGAGAAAAUGGCCAGCACACCCUAUAGUUCUGCUUCUCCUCUGCCUUAA